GACGGGACGCGUUGUGGUAGCGGCAGCCAGUGACAGCCAUCAUAGUAGUAAGUAUAUAAGUAAUAGCUGACCUCACGCCCCUCCCCCAUAAUAACUCUUUCCUUCUCCUUUCUUACAUAUUCCACCAUUUCUGCGAUCAACCUUCUCCGUAGGCCAGCAGGUGCCAUGUCAGCGUCAAUCCCAGCCAGUAGUUCAUCUACCUUCCUCCCACUUCCCCCGGCUAGGGAUAUACCUGUCACAUUCGCAGCGAGCUUAAAGAGCUGGUGGGCUGCUGGGGACAAGCAGGGUACUGCAUCUGAGGAGCGCCUACUGAGGCGACUUCCCUUCUUUGUGCCAGAGAAGAUGGAUUCCUCUCCGGACGACAGUCCUGUUAUUGCCCACAAGGAGCGUGUGCAGCUCGCAGCACCGAAACAUUUCCUAAACACCCUAUCAAUCAAAUCCACGAGCCCAUCGCCGACUGCACCACCCCCAGCCGUCGUCCUUCAUGGAUACGGUGCAGGUCUAGGUUUCUUCUUCCGUAAUUUCCCCGCACUCGCGCAAUGGGCAGGGCACCGCGGUACUGACGUCUUCGCUGUGGACUGGCUGGGCAUGGGCCGCUCCGCCCGCGUACCCUUCACCAUCAAAGCAAAGCGCGAUGACAUCUCAGGGCGUGUGAACGAAGCCGAGUCCUUCUUUAUUGAUUCGCUGGAGGAGUGGCGAGCCAAGAUGGGCCUCGAGAAGAUGACGCUGAUCGGACACUCCCUUGGCGCUUAUUUCAGUGUUGCAUAUGCACUGCGACACCCCGCCCGCGUGCACAAGCUCAUUCUCCUCUCUCCUGCUGGUGUUCCUCGAGAUCCGAACAACCUUACCAUGCCCUCGCGCGAACUAACCGAUGAAGGCGACUCAGCAAGCAUAAUAAGUAGUUCUGCGAUCGCUUCAUCCGCUGCGGAGGUUAAGCGCAUACGGGAAGAGCAGAAGGCCAUGAAGGAGAAGGAGAGCCGGUCAAGAAAGCUCCUCACAUACCUAUGGGAGGAGGGUUGGAGUCCCUUCCAAGUUGUACGCUCGACCCUCUUCUGGGGUCCCAUGCUCGUAGGAAAGUACUCAAGUCGCCGUUUCUCCGGUUUGACUGAAGAUGAAACUCGAGAUAUGCACGACUACAUCUUGAAUAUCACACUUUCUAAGGGUUCAGGAGAAUAUUGCAUAUCUCAUAUCCUUGCGCCCUACGCUCACGCUCGUAUGCCGCUUGUUGACCGAGUAGCCCCACUCAAGAUACCAAUAACCUUCAUUUAUGGCGAGCAUGAUUGGAUGGACCCGCAAGGUGGACUGCAGUCUCUUGAAAACCUCCGCAACGCCGGUAAUUAUAAGAGCAAGAUGUACAAUAUCCCCUAUGCGGGUCACCACGUAUACCUAGAUAAUCCUACGGCUGUGAACGAGCUCCUCGUUGCGGAACUUGACGAAGCCGGGGAGCAGCUGCAUCUCUUCGCCUCCUCGCGGUCAUGAUAACCUAAUUACGCGGGAUGGUCUGGUUCAACGUUAACGUUCGCUCAGAAACGGACCAUGUUCUAGUACGUAGAUCCUCACGCAGACGCCUUUUUGUAUUUUUGUGCACUAGAGAUCAUGUUUGACCACCACAAUUUAAUUACGACGGUCGGAGGCGCGGGGUUAAUAUGAAUAUUAUAUUUGGCCAU